AUGAAUGGGAAAUAUGUGGUCGUGUUCGACGAUAGCAGUAACCGUGUCGACGAAGACUCUACUGAUUCCAUGGAAGCUGGGGUUAGAGUUCAUGCUCUUGAGUAUCAAUUAGCUGGAUUCCCAUUUGAGGCUCAUAUGAUCAAAAAUUGCCCGAAUAAUGAAGUGUUCAAUCAUGAUACUGGUUUUGAUAAGUCAUCUUCAGUUGUAGGGAACAAAAUUCCUUUGAUUGAACUACUAGAUGAUUUGUUUGAAAAAAGUUUAGAUCCAUGGAGAUUUUCGUUAAUUGGAAGAUUGAAUUUACAGAAAAUUAAAUUCGUUGAUGCUGUUGUUAUUCUUCGAAGUCAAUGGAAGUUGGUUGGUGAGUGUAAACGCAUUCCUUUAAGAAGGGUUUUUUUCACAAUCAAGCUAGAUAAUGAAAUUGAUCGAGAUUGUAUCAAAUCAAAAGUAUGGGAAGUUACAGAUCAAGUUCUCAAAGUCAGGAAUUGGGUUUAUAAUUUUAGACCAACUAAUCAGAGAACUUCUAGGGCAUUUGUUUGGGUGCGUUUUCCAGGUUUAGGACUUGAAUUCUGGAGUGAGCAAAUUCUAUUUAAGAUUUGUAAGGAAAUUGGUAAUCCAGUUAAAAUUGAUGCUGCUACAACUAAAUGUGAUGUGGGAUAUUAUGCUAAUGUUUUGGUUGAAGUUGAUUUUUCACUUCCAAUUCCAAAUAAAGUUUGGAUUGGCACCAAAUAUGGUGGUUUCUUUCAAGAAGUAUCUAUUCCAGAUUUUCCUAAAUAUUGCAGUACUUGCAAAAUGGUAGGUCAUUUCAUCAGAGAAUGUAGGGUGGAGAAAAACAAAGUUAAUCCAACUACCUCUGCAGGAAAUCAGUCUGAAUGUAAUAGUGAGGAUUCUAUAGUUCAUACUAUUCAUGUUACUCCUACUAUCAAAAAUAUUAACACUGAAACUAUUACGGAAAAAGGAAGAUUCAGUCCUCUUAAAUGCGUAUAA